UUUCGAGGUACGGAACCCUAAAAAUUAAUAAAAGCUAAGCCUAAAAAGCCACUUGGUAUGUAUUUUGAUACUCAAUUGCUGAACUAUCCAUGUGUCGAACAAGAAAUUGAAGGGGAAGAAGCUGUUAUAACAGAUUAUCCUUUCAAUAUUUUUGAAAGUAAUCCUAAAAAUAUACCUGUUAUUUAUGGAACAACCAGUAGAGAAGGAAUAUUCUUAUUACCUGAUGAUACUGAAGAAUCAUUGGCGGCAAGAAAUGCACGAUACAUAUUUGCAUCAGAUCUCGAAUUCCCUUCAGAAGAAGAGGCAUCUAAAGUUUCAAAAAUGGCGAGAGAAUUCUACUUCAAAGAAAAGAAUAUCAGCUUUGAAGUACACAGUAUUAUAAUAGAUCUCAACACACAAUUAUAUUUUGAAGUACCUGCCAUUUUAGAGUCGGAAACUUUAAUUAAGAAUAACAAAGCAAACAUGUAUAAUUACUAUUUUAAUUACGCUGGUGGAAGAAACUUUUUGAAGUUUAUAGCUGGAUUUAGAAAUGAACCAGGAGCUUAUCAUAGCGACGAAAUAUUAUAUGUCUUCAAGGGAAAUAUUUGGCCUUUCCCCAUAAACAAUAAUGAUAAGAAAGUUAUAGAAAAGAUGACUAAAAUGUGGAGUAAUUUUGCGAAAUAUGGUGAUCCAACGCCUACAAACGACUUGCUAGCCAAAUGGGAACCCAGCACCAAAGAUCAAAUGAAAUUCCUUUACAUUGAUGAAGAUUUAAAAAUGGGACCUAUUCCUAAUCAAGACGCUUAUCAAUUAUGGAAAAAUAUAUACGAAAAGUAUCGUAAAAAACAUACACCGAAUGACUUUCAAAAAUAAAAUCUGGAUUCUUGAAACCCAA